GUGACAUUCUUCAAAGCCAGCACGGAAAUGGACACACUUUAUACAUUGCAAACCUCCCAAACAAUGUCAUAAUUUGGACCUGAACGAAAGCAGUUGCUGCUUGUUUCUAUAACAGAGGAAAAAAAUGUCUGCUAGCAGAACAGCUUCCUCUCACACUAGAGAGAUAGCACGGAGUAGAUCUGAAGGAACUGUGAUUGACUUGGACGAGAGAAAACCUUCAGCAAGCUGUGAGUUGCCAGAUGCUGAAGAGAAUAAAUUGGAUUCAAUCAUUGACUGGCCUGAGGUGUUCAAACAACAUGCUCAGACUGUUUCCAAGACUAAUCCUUUCUGGAAUGAACUGUCAGCAUCCAACCCGUUUGUAUAUGAUGUAGCUCAGUUAAGUAACAGUGACAAGAACAAUAAACACAUUUCUAUCUUAAAAGAAGACCCCUAUCUGUUCUCCAGAGAUUCAAGCAUCAGGGAUUCUUUUGCUUCAUCAGGUGAUGAGCUAGAUAUUGAUCAUCUUCUAAGAAAGGCUUCAGCAGGGAAAUCUGGGAGAUCUAAGAGUGCCUCUGAGCUUUUGGACAUUGUAGAUGCCAAAAGAUUUGAUCCUGACAACACAGCACCCUCUGACCAGAUUUUAGCUGCAGACAUGGAAUGGCUUCAAAAUGACCGUGAAGCCUACAAGAUGGCUUGGUUGAGUCAUCGACAGCUGGCCCGAUCUUGUCUAGAUUUGGAUGUGAUGAGUCAUAGUCCAGGAUGGGCUCAAACACAACCUACAGACACUCAUAUAGUUUGUAAACUGAAUCAUGAAGGGGGUUCAGUGCAGCUACCUGACUCGGAUAUCACUGUUCACAUCCCUGAGGGUCAUGUAUCACCUGGAGAAUUCCAAGAGGUUGGUUUAAGGGCUAUUUUGAACCCUCCCCCAUCACUUAAUCAUGAUCUUUCAAGCACUGUGAGUCCAUUGCUAGAACUUACUUUAAGUAACCUCAACACAAUGGAAGCCAUUUUACUAGAAAUGAAAAUUGCAGCUGAAGUGAAGAAGGAUCCUUUCAGUCAAGUUAUGACUGAAAUUAUGGGUUUUUAUAGUCUCAACAAAGAAGGUCCUUUUGAAAAGCUACACAACUGCUACAUUUACAAAGAUACCAUACAAGUGAAGUUGACAGACCUAAGUCAUGUGAUGUACAUAGUGGUUGCAGUACAAGCGAACCCAAUUCAGUCUCUGGCUACAUCUGUUUGGGAAUACAUCCACAGAAACCUCGCCAUUGGAAUUUAUGGGCCCAAACAUAUUCAUCCUUCUUUCACUGCUGUUUUUACAGUCUUUGGUCAUAACUACAUUCCAGAAAAACUCACAGUUUGUGACAUUAAAAAAGGUGGAAAGAGCAUGCCACCAGUGGUGUUUAAUCUGUGGGGAAAGCAUACAUUUUUACUUGAUAAGCCACAAGAUCUAAGUGUUUCUUUGAUAUCCUGUGAUCCUGAUUUUGAAGUGAAGGUGGAAGAUCAAAGCAAAGAAAUUAAAGAAGGGCAGUUGAAAGCAGGUGAAGUUGUCUACCAGCAGUUUCCAUUUUCUGUACUGGGAACUGGGGAAAUGCAUUUGUUCACGUUCCUAGUUCAGAUUAAAGUCCCAAACAAUAAUCUAGUGACCCAGUUCCCUAUUACAACUCCUGAUCCAGCUCCAAAAUUAACUGGGAUGACUAGUAAGCCAAACCGUUUACAGAAACGCAAAGAGAUCAAAUCUGCUCCUUUUUUAUUGACGCCAACAGUUAAAUACCCCAAAUUUCAAGAUAAGACUUUAAAUAUUACCAGCUAUGGAGUGGCCUUGAAAACUGUGUUUCGUCAAAAUAAGAUUGACUAUUUACUAGAAUAUUUUAAAGGGGACACAAUAGCAUUUCUUGGUGAAGAUAAAGUGAAAGCCAUUGGACAAACUAAAGUUAAAGAAUGGUAUGUGGGAGUUCUUCGAAGAAAGAUUGGUCUAGUGCACUGUAAAAACGUAAAAGUGAUUUUAAAAGAACAAGCUAUAGAUAUCACUGAUAGCGUGCUGCCAACCAGGAAUCUUCUGGAACAAAUUGCACUGCCUUUUAAGAAAUUGACAUAUAUCUAUUCCUUAGUCCUAUCCACAGUAUCGGAGAGAGUUUACAACUGGAAAGCUUUGGCUGAUGUGCUAGGAUAUUCACAUAUGUCAUUGGAUGAUUUCAGUGAGGUACCAGCAGAUAAAGAAUCAGAAAGAGUCGCGUAUGUGGUGAAGAAACUGAAGGAAGAUUGCCAUGCUAACAGACCCAGAAGGCAGUUUCUUUAUGAGCUCAUUGUUGCACUUCUGAAGUUAGAUUGCCAAGGAUUAGUAGCACGUCUUACCCAGGACACUGUCCUUUUGACUUCGGCUGUCAAGCUUGGCAGAUGCUGGAGAGAGCUGGCAGAAAGAUUAGCUCGACUCACAAAACAACAAAUUGAGGCUUAUGAAGUACCUCACCGAGACAGAAGUGGAGAAGUUGCCCUGGAGAUGAUGUGGAAACCUGCAUACGAUUUUCUGUACACAUGGGGCGCUCACUAUGGAGACAGCUAUAGAGACGUGUUACAAGACUUGCAGUUGGCUUUGGACAAAAUGAAAAACCCUUUGACCAAACAGUGGCGAGAGUUAACUGGAGCUUUGAUUCUAGUGAACUGCAUGGAGAUCUUAAGGGCAAAUGCUUUCACCAAGAAGGAGGAAGACUAGAAUCCCAAAUUCUUUUAUGGACUAUCUAUUGGAAAACUAUGGUGUUGAUUUUUAUACUCGUCAAUUAUUUUUAUGACCCUGAUUUUCCGAAAGAGAACAGAUCCUUUCAUUUUAGCUUAUUAUUUUUUCUGCACUUAUAUGUGUUACAUACAGCACAGACCAUGUGGAACACAAUUUAACUGAAGGACCCUCAGGGCCUGCAGAAUAAUAUUUUGAGGACCAUGCUGGGGUGAAAUUGGAGUUGGAAGGUGAAUUAGGUCCUUGAAAAGAUUUUAAUUCCAUGGACCAAUUCCGAAAUGAAAAAUUCACAAGACUACAACUAUAGCUUAUAAUAAAGCCAACUUUUUAUUCUGAUGUCUAUUAAGCCCCACAUGUUCUGGGCUGCUCUGAUAGUAUUCACUCAGUGUGCCCAAAAUUUUCAAAAGUGACAAUUUGGGCUCCAAUCCUGCAAAUUACAACACAAGGAUCAGCCGCUGAGCUCAUGUGGAAGACAUAUUGGAGUCAAUGAGGUUCCAAGCAAGCACAGAGGAUGUUGUGAAGGCC